GCCCAGGGAACCGACCCAAUUGCGUAAGACGCAACCGCAAGAGAACAAAAUACUGCGACACCGCGCAUGCGCAGCAUCAGCUUCCCCCUCCCCCCCGAAGGGUGGGUCGUGCCCGUCUAGGGUGGCGAAGUGCGCCCGCGGGGAUGUGGUACACUGCGCAUGUGCGACGAGUAGGCGGUUGGGCGGGAGGCGCUGCUGCUGCUGGGCCCGGUCCCCACCCCCUCCUCGGCGCUAUGAGUGACGGGUUCCGGAAGGCGGAGUCGGGCACUCAGCUACUUGCACGACUUGAGGGCAGAAGUUCUCUGAAAAAUCUUGAACCUUGUCUGUUUGCAGAUGAAGGAUUUCCCAUUCAUGGAGAUGUCAUUGAAUUCCAUGGUCCAGAAGGAACAGGAAAAACAGAAAUGCUUUAUCACCUGAUAGCCCGCUGUGUCCUUCCAAAAUCGGGAGGAGGACUGGAAGUAGAAGUCAUGUUCAUUGAUACAGACUACCAUUUUGACAUGCUUCGCCUAGUUACCAUUCUUGAACACAGAUUGUCCCAAAGCACAGAAGAAAUGAUCAAACAGUGCCUUGGAAGGCUUUUCCUUGUUAACUGCAAUAGCAGCACUCAGUUGCUUCUCACUCUUUACUCCCUAGAAAACAAGUUUUGCGCUCACCCUUCUCUCUGCAUUGUGAUUUUGGAUAGUAUAUCAGCUUUUUAUUGGAUAGAUAGAAGCAAUGGAGGUGAGAGCUUUAACAUUCAGGAGAUGAAUCUGAAGAGAUGUGCUGAAUUUCUUGAGAAGCUAGUAAGAGAGCAUCAUUUGGCCCUGUUUGCAACAACACAAACGAUUAUGCAGAAAUCUUCAAACUCCACAGAAAGCUCCAUUCCUUUAAAACUUCACUGUGAAGCUGAUGUAGAGUAUAGGCCUUAUCUAUGUAAAUCAUGGCAACAAAUGGUAACCCACAGAAUAUUUUUCUCUAAGCAAUGUAAUUUUAGCAGUAGCAAAGCGUUUUCAGUUGUUUCUUGUCACACCAAAAAACCCCAUGUCAUAAAAUGUUCAUUCAGUGUUGCAGAAUGUGGAGUUCAGUUUUAACUUCAGUCUGUCUCUAAAACUAGUAAAUCUUCACAUCACAGUCUAAUUAGCUUUACUUUAAGUAUUUUUUAAAAAAAUUCUUCUAACCUGUUUUAUUAUCUCAGAUUGUUAAUGAAUUUUGUCACCCACCUUUAAACGUCUUAAACUCAGUAAAGGGCAGAGGAGUUUAAAGCUUUGAAUUUCUGCAGAAGGUCAGCUUAAAAUAGAAGAGAAUGUUGAAACUUCUUGUAUGUGGUUGAUGCAUAAAGAGAUUAAAUCAAGAAGACUAGAAGUAUAGGGCAUCUUUAACUCCUAAUAUACUUAUGUAAUGUAACAUAGAGGGUAUACAACCAAAUGCACUGACUUCAGCUCUGUGUUGUAACCGUCUUCCAGUGACUUCUGCUAGUGAUUGUGUUUAGGCAAAUGUAGCUCUUUUUAAAUAUUGGUCUUAAUUCAUUGCCAUUAGCAUACAUCCUUAAUUCAUUCCCAUUAGCAUUCCCACUGGGCAUACAUCCUGUGUUAGCAGGCACAGUUGCACCUAAGGGGUGGGAUUCAUCUCCUCCAGGGAAGGGUAUGUAGUGUUGGUCAUGGUGGUCCUAGCCAGCACUGCCCAUUUGUGUCACAUGCUUGGGGGAAUAGGGAUUCUGGCUGUCACUGUUCUGCCAGCAGUCCUCAAGCAUCUGCAGCCCUCCCAAAGUUGAGGGACACAGGGCCAUAGUUGACUGAUCCUAGGAGGUAGCCUGAGGCCCUUGUAAGUUAGUGACAGACCUAGCAAGUAGUUAACAUUUGAAAGGAAAAGGGCUAGAAACAUAAUUUUUUUAAAUACAAUUUCUAGCUCUCCUCCUCUCCCAAAUCUGGGAUGCCGUGUCACAAUCAACGUGGUUUGUGUUACUAGUUUUAGAUCCUUAUUUAUUAUUAUGCCAGCCACUGUUUGGAAAAUCAGUCUAGCCACAGAAAUGCUCACCCAAUUUUGUAAAUACCUAACUUAGGGAUCUCUUAGUUUCAGAUGAUCAUCAGUCCACUAUCCUAUGUCUCCCUUUAGGUGUAUCGGCUCUACAAAGCCAUGGGAUUGCAUGGACCAUCAUAAUGCUAAAAUGUAUUCUAAAAAAGCUCCUCUACAAUUUAUUUUCUUUUGAUCUAGGUUUUAUCUCAUAUCCUCCAGUAUUUGAGCAUUCUUUGUACCAUGCUAUCUCCUGCACACUGUAUUUUAAUAAAGAGAGACACACAAGUGUAAAUCAUAUGAUUUGAAAAAGGCAGAGGAGAAGACUCCUGGCUAAACAGCAUAUGUUCUUGGGGCGCUUUAUGUUCAAAGCAGUGUGCAUCAGUUAGUUUAGCAAUCAUACAAUAAGUUCCUUAUUGCAUAAUCUUUUAGCGGUAUUUUUAAAUGUUACUACCCUUUUACAACUGUUUCACCUCUGUGAAAUGAAUUUUCAUCCAAGUAUAGUUCCUAGUACUAAGGUAUUGCAAUUACUAGUCUCAGAAGCUCAGAAUUCUCAAUAGAGACCGACGCAUUUUCGCUCCUAAAGAAGAAGUGGAUAGAGAAUGGAAGAUUGAUGAUGAGGAAAGCUUGCACAGCUCCUGCCCCUUAUGGUGGAUAGAGAAUGCUUUAGUUUCAACAGCUGUUAAUUUUGGUUCUUUUCACAGACACUAAAGACUGAUUUACAAUGGUGAAUGUAAUGUACUACCACCACCACCAUCUUAUGUUUGUAUCUGUUUAAGGGGGAAUGGAGGCACCCUGACACAACUUAUGUAUUUUAAAAUUGUGAUUUGAAAGGCAGAUCAAAGUAAACAUAAUGAGGAGUGGAUGAACAAAAAGAUUUAUAUGCACUGUUACCAUGGUAAGAAACAAGGAAUAUAGGGAGAGGAUAAGGAAUCCAGAAACACUUCUUAGUAAAAUGAACAUCAUGUAUACAGGAAAAACAAACAACAUAGUAUAUAUAUGAAAACUCAAAUAUGUCCUAUAAAAUUAUGGAAAUAACUGAAGAAACAAACUUGAGCUUGCUCCUUCCAUAUUUAUUCAGAAACACUAAACAGGCAAUCCAGUAAAUUCACUUCCUCCUUAUGAUUGUGUUUGAGGAGACUGUAACCACUUCUGUCUGCAUUGGCCUGACAGAUGCUAGUGCUCCACUCCUUCCAAGAAGUUGUGCUUCUGAAUUCAGGUUCCUUUGGAACAGUCCUAUCAGAACACUUCUCACAUGGAAAGCAGACAGCUUUUCUACAGUGCUUCAUCUCCGUAUCCAUUUAAACCCUAAAAAAACCUGAACCUCUGAAUCAUGAUAGGUUCCUGUAUCAACUCUGAAAUGUGUGUUUCUAUGACAGGUUAGGGUUGUGAAAUUCAUUCUGAUCAUAUCUUGCUCAAGAAGUCUAAACUGAAGCUGUUUUAGUGUGCUAAUACAGAUGAAUUGGACAUCCCAGGAAUCACCCUUCCUUUACAUUGGACAGUCUGGAAUUCCACCCUUCUUUAUCUGAAGCUUGCAAAGCAAUGUGAUUUCUCGCACAUGCUGUCUUUCCAUUUCUCCAGUGAGUUGGAGCAUACCCUCUUGGCUGAAUGCCAAACUCCCAGCCUGGUUGGGAUGCCCUCCUGACUCCAAGCCAAAUUUCCAUCUGAACCUUUAUCCAAGCUCAGGAAAAAAUGCCUCCAAUAGUGGCACUGCUAGUUUCUAGGGUGAUGUUAGCUCCUCUGAGUGCCCCAGCACGUGGCUAACAGUAAGAAUUCUCCAUCACGUAAUCUGUUUGCUUUCGGCUGUUUAGCCUUUUAUUUGGCACUGUCUUGGUGUAGUCUGGGUUUACACAUUUUAGUUUUUGGCUUGAGCUGAGAUGUCAAAUGCUGCAAGUUCCGAACAAUUAAAGCAGCUAGAAGAAACUCUUCCUGAAUGAAGCUCAAGUAGAACAUGUGUGUGCAGGAUUUGGCAUGCUGUGUGUUGCAGCUCUGGCAAACAAGCUCUAGACCAUAUGGGAAAUUCAGCGUAGUUCUGGCAAGGAACAACAUAACAUUUAUUAAUCUAGAGUGCCCUUUGAAAGCUUCAAAGGGCUUUAUAGGAAAAAUACAAUACAUUAUUUAAUGCAAAAAACAUAUAUUACAGUUACAAAUUCCACUCAAAUCAAGAGGACAAAAUAUGGUUCUUGCUGCAAUGUUAGUUCAGCCAUGUUGCACAACAUAUAUGUUUCACAGUUUAGCACACAUCAGUAUAAUAAAUUGCAUAUUUAAAAAGAAACACCCCCUAUAAUCUGAGCCAAGAUAACUGAGGCAAUAUUACAGUGAGCAUACAGUGAGCACCCCCAUUGUUAUUUGAACAACCAUGAAACCAUGCCUGGAAACAAAUAUGUGGACAACGGUAUAUCCCAAAACCCUAUAAACAUACUGUCAUCAAUAUAAAGGGAAGGGUAAACACCUUUAAAUUCCUGCUGGCCAGAGAAAAAACCCUUUCAGGUGUAAAGGGUUAAUUUAAGAAGCUAAGAUAACCUUGCUGACACCUGUCCAAAAUGACCAAUGAGGAGACAAGAUACUUUCAAAGUUGGAGGGGGGGGAAACAAAGGGUUCUCUCUGUGUGUUGCUUUUGCCGGGACCAGAGCAGGAAUGCUCUUCAGAACUCCUGUAAAGAGUUAAUAAGCAAUCUAGUUAGCUAUGUGUUAGAUUCUGUUUUGUUUAAAUGGCUGAUAAAAUAGCUGUGCUGAAUGGAAUGGAUAUUCCUGUUUUUGUGUCUUUUUGUAACUUAAGGUUUUGCCUAGAGGGAUUCUCUGUGUUUUUAAUCUAAUUACCCUGUAAGGUAUUUACCAUCCUGAUUUUACAGAGGUGAUUCUUUUACUUUUUCUUUAAUUCAGAUUCUUCUUUUAAGAACCUGAUUGCUUUUUCCUUGUUCUUAAGAUCCAAGGGUUUGGGUCUGUGUUCACUUAUGCAAAUCGGUGAGGAUUUUUAUCAAGCCUUCCCCAGGAAAGGGGGUGGAAGGCUUGGGGGGAUUUGAGGGGGGGAAGAUGUUUCCAGGUGGGCUCUUUCCUAGUUAUAUUUUGUUAGACGCUUGGUGGUGGCAGCAAUAAAGUCCAGGAACAAAAGGUAAAAUAGUUUGUACCUUGGGGAAGUUUUAACCUAAGCUGGUUAAAAUAAGCUUAGGGGGUUUUUCAUGCAGGUCCCCACCUCUGUACCCUAGAGUUCAGAGUGGGGAAGGAACCUUGACACCUACAUUUUUUAACUUGGGUGGCCCAAAGGCAUCAAGAAUUAUGUCUAGGCAUUAGAGCUGGACAGAAAAAAAACUUCAGUUGAACCAUUGUCCAUCAGAGAACACAAUUCUAUCCAAAGGCAAAUGCUUUGCAAAUUCAUGUCAGUUUUAUAGAAAUUUUGUUUUGGAGAAAAACUUUGGGGAAAAGCUCGGUGUUGAAACAUCCUGUUUUGAGAUUUUUGGACUGAAACAUUUUUAUUUUUAAAAUAUCUUUUAAUUGUGAAUAUUUUAUUAUAAUAUAAGAAAUCAUAGUCUACAUGAAACAUUUUGAUUUUUCAAAACAAAAUGUUUCAAUUGAUCUGAAACAAAAAAUUUGGAUUUUUUUUAGGAGAAUUUCAACAUUUUGCAGGGUUGUGCCUAACUAGAACACAGACAAAUUUCAAAAUCUCUCAAUCCUCCAUGAAAUGGAAUUUCUAUCUUCUGUAUAGCUCUACUAGGCAUCGAACAAAGUGGCCUGGGUUUCAGAAAUGCUGAGCACCUGGGACUCCCUUUGACGUCUAUGGGCGCUGCAGCCAAUAAGUGAUCUGGAAAUGCACUGUCAUUAACCUCUAUCAGGAUGAUGUCAGCUGGAAGGGUGAACCUUAAGCAUCCAUGAAAGAGAUGCAGUGGUACUGAGACUGGGAAAAACCAAUUUGCUUCAUAUUCUAAUGAUACGUCUUCACUACCCACCGGAUCGGCGGGUAGUGAUCAAUCUAUUGGAGAUCGAUUUAUCACGUCUCGUCUAGAUGUGAUAAAUCGAUCCCCGAAUCGACGCCUGUACUCCAUCUCAGCAGGAAGAGUAAGUGGAGUCGACGGGGGAGCCGCUGCAGUUGACUUGCCGCUCUGAGGACAGUCAGGUAAGUCGAACUAAGAUACUUCGAUUUCAGCUACGUGAAUAGCAUAGCUGAAGUUGUGUACUUAGUUCGAAACUCCCCUGCCCCUAGUGUAGCCCAUGCCUAAAUAAAUUGGGGGAGCGGAAGUUAUCAUCUGCCGGCUGUUUUGGCAGCUAAGUGAAUUGCGCUAAUGAACUGACAGAGCAACUCUGUCAGUCAUAGAUUCAUGGACCUCUGCCCUCCUUGAUGUGAUCAAAUAUGAAGAUUCUCCAACAGUCAGAUUUCUCAUGGCAUGUUGGAUAAGUCCUAUGAACGGGACACGCAUCUGGGCCAUGCAAAGAUAAAGGAGCUGAGGCAGGCGUACCAGAAGGCAAGGGAGUCAAACUGUCACUCUGGUGCUGUGCCAAAGACCUGCCUCUUCUAUAAGGAUCUGGACGUGAUCCUUGGCGGCAACCCCACCUCCACCACCAAGAGCCCCAUGGAUACUUUGUGGGGGCUGCAGACAGUGGCCAGCAGACUCAACCCCAAGGCCAAAGUGAUGGACAAGGAAGUGGAAUUGGAGGAUGAGAUGGGACAGGCGACAGGGUUGUCCAGUACUGUUGCAAGCCAGGACAUCAUCUCAACUCUGGAGGUUUGAGCUAGUCCCAGCACUUCGUCUCUGGCAUGCAUGAUGCAGGAGAGGGGAGCUCUGGUAAGUGAUCAUUUUGAGUUGAUACUGCUCAGUUACAUGAGUUAGAGCUGUCUUUUGCUUUAUGCUGUAAGUGGGUUAAGGAAUAGAAAUGUACAAGACUAGCUGUGUUUAAUUCUGCUUCACAUUCCCCUGUGCAGCUACUCAGUGGGGUGGAACAGUGUGUUAAUGUACACCAAGAUAUUGCGCGAAUCCUCCAGAGAGAUCUCAAGGAAACUUUCUGGUAGAUACUCGCCAAUCUUCUGCCAAAGGUUCCUUGGCAGAGCAGCUUUGUUGCAGGAAACUUUCCCACACCAAUUGGCAAUCACUUGUGCAGGGCCCAAAGCAGCACACAGGUGAGCAGCAUAGGGACCCAAUCUGAAGCCACACACGUGCAGGAGAUGUACCCUUGCAUCCUGGCUUACCCUCAGGAGUAAGAUAUUGGUGUGACGUUACUGACAGAAUCUGUAAAUGUAUAGAUCAUUGUUGCAACCAAAAUCCUAUAGUGGCACCAAAUCUCGUAUCAAAGGGGUCAAAUAAGGUGUCUAAGACAAGGUUAUGGUUUUCUGGUUAUGAUUAUGCUAUCUGUAUAUGUGUAUUAUUUUUGUGGUUGAAGUUAUGAAUAUUGGCUCUAUACUGUCUGUAUUUCAAACUUAUGCUAUGCUUCUGGAUGACACCCCAGACAAGUUGGUGUCAGCUCUGCCUAGCCUGCUUGAUGGCCCAUCAAGGACCAUCAGCUAUACAAUUGACCUAUUGAGAGAAGGCAGACACACCUUGUGACUCAGCAAGGUAUGCAGGGACAUGCCUAUGGACAGAACUCUGAGGUUUUUCCAUACCAUGUGAGGGACAGCUUGUCCGUGGGACAAAGAAAGCAGAGACCACAUGGCAAGAGACUAUAAAAAGCUGCUGCAGCUCCUCCAUCUGGUCUUCAAUCCUGCUUCUUACCUCUGGAGAGACUUUGCUACAAAUGGGAGCUCUAAACAAAGGACUGAUGACCCAUCCCAGCUGUGGAUGCACUCCAGAGACUUGAUUUAAACCUGCAGUUUAUUCUAUCACUGUUACAAGCCUGAACCAAGAACUUUGCCAUCACUAUGUGACCUUCAGGGGAACCUCCUACACACCGAUGGAGCAUCUCCACCAGAUAAGGAAGCAACCAAGGAGGAGCAAGGUGUAGUAGAAGAAGAGAGCCUGAGCCAUGAGGCCUGAAAUGAUGCCUGAGGUCAAACUAAAGUAGUAGUGAGGCCCUGCUGAUAUAAAACAAAGUGAACAAAAGGCAGACUGUGAGCAGAAGUCAGGCCCUGUUAUAAAACAUGGCUGUUUCCAAGUUCACAGGUUCUGGCAAGGACAGGGCUGGUAUUGCAAGGACACACACAUUCUUGAGAAGUACUAGGCACAGGACACUUAUGCAAACACAUUCCAGAAGGGUGGUACCAGAACACCCUGAUACUAAGUGUGGUACAAACACACUCCCCAAAGAUAACAGGAACAUGUUAACCCCUCCUAAAGAUAAGGUCAGGAUGAUAGUAUGAUGGCUAGAGAUGUUUUGAUUGAACCAACGUGUAAGGUAAAGGGUGCUAACGAACCGUGUCAGAGCAGCAAUAUGUAACUUGUUUGUAUCGGUGUAUAAAGAGGGGUCUCAGAAGAAGUAUUUUGGCCAGCUGAGGAGGGAAUAGAAAGUCCCACCAUUCACUGAGCUGAGUUCAUUGUUACGAGCAUACAGGUACUAACGUAACUGUAGACAUUGAUCCAGAUAGCUAGGACUGUGCUUUGUUGACUAUAAGCCUGGCCAGGUGUCUUUGCUACUAAACCAAGACUUGUGGUCUUAUUAGCAGUUUGAUUGGGGUCUGCUAUGCGGACUAUCUGGCCAGAGCCAGUGCUGCACGCAGAGAGAACACACGUGCAGCCAAUGACUAACUGCAAAAGGAAGAUGUGUUUUAGAAGGUCUCCAAUGCGCUGAUGGCGCAGAACAAGAAUGCAGGGCAAGAAGGGAGACAGUUAAUGAAAAUUUAAAAAUAAGCAGGGCCAGGACCAAAUGUUUGUUGGCCAGGAGUAAGUGAUAAAGGUGAUGGAGGAGCAAACGAAAAUGCUGAAGUCCUUAAUUGCGCUACAGGCAGAAUACAUGUGCUUGACACCCCUUGCAGCCCCUACAGAACUGUUUGCCAUGCAGUCCCUAAACUCCUCACAUACAUUCCUUGCGUCUUCCAGCCUAUUGCGGUAGCCUCUUCACGCCACCCCUUCGGACAGCUUCCAAAAUGAUAGCUGGAAUUGCUAUGACAGCCUCCAUUGGGAGGGUGCCCUUCAAUGUUAGAAAAUGCUUGGUUGAAAGGGAGUUAUGUUGUGUUUAGUGCUAUUUAAUAAAAAAAUAUAUACUUU